GUACUGUACAUGUACGCUCUGGUAUACUUGCAGCGCGCAACCAGGGGCGAGAGAAGGCGGAGAGAAGGUCUGGCAGAAAUCCCCCCAUUGGGCUACAUAGGCAUAGGCAUAUUCGCCACACAAACACUCCCACCUACCACUAUUAUACAUACUGGGUCAGCGGGUUUGGCUGUCGUUCAUCUCAUAUUCGUUUCAUCUACUUCUCGAAGUUUCAUCUGUAACUUCAUUGCACAUGAUGUACGCCCUCGAUGGCUUUCAACAACAGCAACACGGUCAACCACCCAUGCCCUCCAGCGGUGCCGGCGAACAGCACCAUCAAGGGCCAGGAGGGCUCGCCGCAGCUUCCACUUCAUAUGCGGAACAAAAUCAGUACUCUGAUUAUUCCAACCAACCACCAGCGACAGAUUAUAACUAUGGGUACGACUCGGGGUACUCAUAUGCCAACGGCAACUACGCGCAAGGUAAUGCGAUGACGGACUACACAUCACCACAGACAGCCCACGGACCGCUGCCUCCGAUGGGCGACGACAACAUCUACUACGACAAUGGAGACAAGCAAGCGCAAUCGGGCUUUGACAACGGCUUCGACAGGGUGGUGUAUCAACAGGACCAGGCCGUCGGUAACGAUGGGGCCGGCUCCUUGAACAUCGACCACGUCGCUCCUCCGCUACCCGUUUCGCAUCUCCACCAUUCGGCACUAGCUAAAACGGUCAGCAGUGGCGUCGGCCCCACGUACAUCCCGGAGGGCAGGGAUGCCAGCGGGGGUCAAUACCGCAUCGUUCCAGUGAGGUCACGAUUGUUCGCAUCAUACCCAUGGGCGAUCGAGGGAUUCAUGCUGUCUGAUGACGAGAAGUUGGUAUCGUUGCCAUUCGGUCCUGCAAGCUGGAGAUGGCAGCUUGUGAUAUACCCAAAAGGAGCAGGGGAUGGCGCGGGAACGCAUAUCAGUGCAUUCAUCCGCCCUUUGAGAAACGAGUCGGAAGCUGCGGCGCGGGAUGCGUGGCAUCGGCCGAUCACAGAGUUUACAAUCAAGAUACGGAGAGCGAUUCCCGGUUCGCCCAUAGUCGGGAUCCCAGAUCCGUCUGAGGACUUCCUGGUCGCCGAUACAUCCGAAUCAUCAUUCACCGGUUUCUCUGCUUCCAUGUCGGGUUGGGGCUUUCCCGAGCUGUUGGACAUCCAAAAUGUAUCCGACGCCAUUUCAUACGACGGUACGCUAAAUAUUGAGGCCGACGUUGUCGGUGAACAGUCCGUGGACUGGGCUGUGUAUCAGUACAAGUGGGACAUUCCGAGUUUCCUUCAGUUGACUGAAGACGAAACCAUGUCCGAACCGUUUGGUCCACCGAACUACCAAUGGAAAAUCCAGAUAUUCAGACAAGGAAACAAAGACGGCGCUGGGUCUCAUCUUUCCGCUUACGUGCUUCCUGUUAAGUCACAGACCGAGUUGACUCUUGGCGCUGCAUGGUCACGUCCAAUCGUUUCUCUGACGAUGAAGUUAGUAGCCGGCGAGAACCAAACGCCACUGACCUCCAAAACCAUCACCGGGGGCUUCAUCUUCACGGACGACAAUCUGGAUUGCGGAUGGCCGCAGCUGAUAGAGCUGGCAAAGCUGAAUGAAUCGAUGGACUGGUAUGCCUCCCUCUCGGUGAUUAUUGAAGUGACAUGGGAUCCGUCGUACGACCUGCGAGGUUCGGAUCUCGGACGCGCUCGUCACCAUAUUGCGACAUCCGCAGCCGAGUGGAAAGCUGCCAGGGAUAGGCUCGAGGCUCUGAGCCAAGAAUUGGACUAUGCUGGAGGGGAGCUAGUCAACCUUCGAUCAGCACUGGCUGCCGCUCAUAGCGAGCUGAGCGCUCUCCAGGAGACUUCUCGCACCUCCGAACAACAGCUUCAUGACACCAGAACCCGGCUGCAGACAUUAGGCAACAUUGAAGCGCGAAUGGCUGUCGUUCAAAAGGAACUCCUCCAGGCGCAUAAGAGGGUUGAAGAGGCCAAGGAGCUGGAGCAGCGAUACCAUCUGGCACGGGAAGAGUUGGCCUUGGCGCGGGAGUCCCAAGAGCAGGCCGAUGCCCUGAAAGUGAAGAUCGCGGGGGUCAAGCUGCGGAUUGCGAGGUUGAGGUUGAUAAUGGAGCAAGGCGCUGAGAUACCUCCAGAAAUCCCCGAUGCUGGUGAUGACGAGGAUCCGGCUACGAUGAGAGCGGAGAUGCUGCUUAUGAAGUCGAAAUUGUUCGAAAUAGAACAGGAUUUGGUCGCGGCUCGUGCAGACGCCGACGCCAAAGCGCGCGCACUUGCCGACGCCACUAUCGCCGGCUCUCUGUACGAUGACGCCGGUCAAUCACAGAGCAAUGGCGAGGAGCAGUCCUUAUUGGACUUAAUUCAAGGACUGAGACGUGAGAUCCUGGUGGUGCGCGGUGUGCUACUGGAAGUGGAAGAGCGACCGACCCAUACAAUCGCUGACCGCGCCGCCCUAAGCGCCGAACUCGCUAUGGUUCAGGCUGAGCUAGAAGUUGCUCGCGCGACCUUCUUAACUCUGACCUCUACCCGCGCCGAGGAAAUAGAAGCAGACUCCGAGCUUACGAUCGAAGCAGAUAUUGUAGGAACCGAGCUCACCAACGUCCGCGCGGACAUGGCUGCCAAGCGCCAGAGCCUCGAAGAGGGUUCUGACAAUGCUGAUCAGCGAAGCGCCGUGUUCGAGGACCGGGCAACUUCGCCUAUUCGCCUGCAUGCCCCGCCACUUCCAUACGGGAACGCCGCCGAGUAUGGAUUCACACAGAGCGCAGAGCGUGAUGGACUGGAUGCUGUCCCGCUUCCUGCCGGGAUCCCGCCGCCUCCCUUCGGCAUGAGCCUGCAUGCCCUUCACGGCAACGAUGACACUGCGACCGAAUUGGCGCAGACGCACGAGGAGCUCUCUUACACGCGAUCCGAGCUCGAAGGCGCACAGAACGAAUUGAGCCAUGUUAGGAUGCAGAUGGACUCCGCGCGGCAGAUGCUGGUCAGCAACCCUACCAGCUCUAACGCAGAGGAGGUGCUACGGAUGCUGUUCGGCCAUAACCUUCAGUUCAUGGCGGAUAUCGCUCCUCCCACCGCUGCUUUUGGCCAGCCCGUCGCGGCCGCUGCUUCGACUACCAGCUGGGACCCCGAGUUCUGGCCCAUCGAGCAGUACUCCAAACAAGCAUACGGCCAGCCCACGAAAUCUCGCAGCAUUUUCUCAUCCUUCCUCAGCUUCACAACCCUCUUCCUCACCGCCUGGUUCAUCACCUACUCGACCAUCUACGUUCUGUGCUCCCCGAGCCACCUACGCGCACAUCAGGGUGCCCCUUACGACGGCAUGUGCAAGACCGUCGUGCCUGGCUGGAACACGAUGAUGGGCACCUGGCACGGCGCGGCGGAGAAGUUUGUAGGCGAUGUAGCGCCCGGGAUUGGGCAGGGGUUGAAAUGGACCGCGAAACGUGGGAAGGUUGCUGUUAGGGUUGUGGGGAGGAAGGUGGGUGAGGGGAAAGCGUGGUGGGAGACUACGUCCGCCGCUGCUGUUGAUGAGAAGGCAGAGAGCGAGAUUUUGCGUGAUGAUUCCGCGGUGCGUAGCGGUACCGGUGCUGAAAAGAAUGAAGCUAGUCAAGCUACCUCUGUCGACGACUUGCCUUCCCAAGUCAGUCCGGGGUUCACGACUGCCACCGUACCGUACGGCACGGAAAGCAUCGUUACCUCUGCGCCUCCGCAUAAGCGGACCGAGCUGGCUCCUGUAUCCGGAACCACGGGAGUUACGCCUUCUGAAUCGACGGAAUCUGCAGGCACCGUGGUAGCUGAAGCGAAUGCCGCUGAGGUCACGACUGGCCAGCCUGCGUAUGCGAGAGGUAGCGGCGCCGAGGAAGUCUUUCUUAAGGGCUCAGAAAGUCAACAGCCUGUCCAAGACUCGCCUGCCGGAGCGGUGUCCAAAGACAACCAGUCUGACAUCGUACUCGCUGCCGAGAGCGUUACUCACUCACAGACAAUCCAGCCUAACCCCCCGGUGUCGACGCCGUCCGUUCGACAGCCUGUGGCCACCGAGCCAGGCAGAGUUGCUACACCUAUCGAAAAGGAUAACAUUGCUCAGAACACCCCCGCAGCCGAAGCUCAACACAUCCCGAUCCGAGACAUCCCCAAAUCGGUAAUCAGCAGCGCGGUUUCCGUUAUCAGCGAAGGCUCCUCGCAAGUCAGUCGGGCCGCUCAUGACGCCCGGGAGACGAUUGGCGCUUAUGCUCGCCACACUGCUGAAGCACAAAUCAAGGACGUCAGGGACGAAAGUACGGAUGCGGAAGCGAACACCACUCCUAUUCGCGAUAUCCUGAAAGCGGCAGCUACUGAAGCCGCACCGGUCGUAAGCGCGGCACAGGAUGCUGUGCCUAUUCGCGGAAUCCCGCAAGCGGCAGCUACUCAAGCCGCACCGAUCGUUAGCGCUGUGAAGGAGGCUGUGCACGAAGCGCAGGCGAGUCUGGCUGGCACACCGAUCCCUGAUGCACGCAAACAAGAUACCGCGCAGUCUCUCCCGACGGAACCGAAACAUGCUCCGCCGGCUGCUGCUGUCACCAAAAUAGCGUCGGUGGUCAGCUCUGCGGCAUCCGCUGGGACGGAUGCGGCGAAACAAGUUUUGGAGGAUGUCAAGACAAGGGUCAUACCGAACGCCGGCGUUGAACCGGCUGCUGCGUCUAAAUUCCCCGAUUCGACACAGACCGGAGAGGACCCGGUUUACUCGUCUGAUAUCCCACCCGUCCCGGAAAUACCCAAAGUAGCGCAACAGCAACAUGAAUCAGCGCGCACCGCACCUCUGGCUGGUGGGGCGCAGAGUGAGCAGGAAAUGAACCAACGCGCACCCCCGGUCCCGCCACCUGUCCGACGACGGGCACGCGAUGUUGAGCAUGUCGCAGAGGAUGGUCGCCAGCACCACGAGCAGGAAGUGAACGAACCCGCAUCGGGGGCGGCAUCGGUAGCAACGGACGGAGAUAUGCUUAAUGCCCCACCGCUCAAAGAAGAAGGAACGACGGUCGGAACUGAGUCAACUGAAUCAGCACCACCGCCGGUGGCGAAGGAACGAACCGUGCCGGUGUUAGAGAUACCCGUGUUACCUCCCCCACCGCCACCGGCACCUGAAGUGGCGAACGUGAACGUGGGACACCCAGCUGUUGCUCCUGCUUUGGCUGAAGCAGACGAGAUUGUGGGAGGAGUGAAUAAACAGACGGGAAGCACCGUCGCGGCGGCAGACGAUGUGGGGACGGGACACGAGGAAGGGGUGGUUGACCCUGCAAGUGAGCCGGCCCACGCGCACUCCCAUGCCGGUGAUGCCAGCGGAACAGCAGGAGAAGGAGGGAACAUCCCUGCAGUACCCCCUCAGCAAGGGGAGCACGACGCGACAGCAGAUCAUGGCCCGCGGGCAGCGGUAGCGCACGAGACAGGAACGGAACACGUCGAAGACGAGCUCUGAGAACAAGACGACGGAACAAGCAUAGGGUAUUUUGGGACGGGAUUUUUCCGACGGGAGUGCAAGCAGGGGGAAAAGCGUAGUUUAUUCUGUCAUCUCUGCCACUCGCCGCAAGACAUCAUGACCGGAACUGUUACUUGAUGUAGUAGAAACCAUACACUUUUUUAUUCAGCUUUGUGUAAUGAGGAACACUGAUACCUGUACGAA